UAACAGCCCGUGUGUGGUUCGCUGUGCUUCAACCACGUUCGGCUCCAGGUUUGACACUCAUGCGGCCAUGUGAGCCGUAUUUACGCCCAGAAAUGAGCCAAUCACGGGCGGCGUGAGUCACGCAGGGGACAGCCGACUGGAACUACUCUCUGUUCGGUAUCAGCGGUUAGUCUCCAUCCUCCACUUCUGCCAAACAUGGCCGAAUCCUCCGGGAAUCCUCCAGCGGAGCGCAUAGGAUACAUCACCCGAGUCCAGAGCUUCAGCGCCUGCCACCGGCUCCACAGUCUUCGCCUGAGUGACGAAGAGAAUAAGGAAGUCUACGGAAAGUGCAACAAUCCCUACGGUCAUGGACACAACUACAAGGUGGAGGUGACUGUACGCGGAAAAAUUGAUCCCGUCACCGGCAUGGUCAUGAAUCUGACGGACCUGAAGAGGAGCAUUGAGGAAGUCAUCAUGAUUCCUCUGGACCACAAAAACCUGGAUAAGGACGUUCCGUACUUUGCCGACGUUGUGAGCACCACAGAAAACCUGGCCGUUUACAUCUGGGACAACAUGGCGAAGGCUCUUCCCGCCAGCCUGCUCUACGAGAUCCGGAUUCACGAGACGGAUAAGAACAUCGUAGUAUACCGAGGAGAGUAAGCCGCAGGAGCUUUAAGUCAGUUCUAAUUCUGUUCCUCACCUGACGCUCAAAUAAUGUGAUCCUAAGUACGUUUGACAGAGUUUGAAGGUUUUUCCAUAUAAUUUUAUCCUUAAUUGUCAUUUAAUGAUCAGAGCCACACAUUUGACCGCCGUUUGGACGGUGAGAGUCAUCAGCUUUAGGUUUAUUUUUAAAGUUUUAUUCUAUUUACCAUUUUGUGAUUGUUGGUGUUAUUGUGAAGCACUUCUAUCCACUGCUGUUGUUUUUAAAUGUGCUGUAUAAAUAAAGUCGACGUUCAGCUGAACUUUU